AUGUCCAACCCCAAAGAUUACGCGAUCGGCUGGAUCUGCACCAUUAGCACCGAACGCGUUGCGGCUGAAGCCUUCUUGGAUGAAAGACAUGAUGGACCCGAAUCUAUCUCCCCGAACGAUAACAACGACUACACAUUGGGUCGAAUUGGGAGACACAACGUUGUCAUCGCUAUCCUGCCCGAUGGGGAAUAUGGUACAUCCUCAGCAGCAGCAGUUGCAAGAGACAUGCUCCAUAGCUUCCCUAAUGUGAGGAUCGGGCUUAUGGUAGGUAUCGGUGGCGGCGCGCCAAGUCUAAGAAAUGACAUUCGCUUGGGUGAUAUUGUAGUCAAUGCUUCGCCCAAUGGCCAGAGCAGCGUUCUACAAUAUGACUUUGGCAAGACAAUCCAAGACCAGGACUUUCGAAUAACUGGGUCCCUCAACCAGUCCCCUGUAGUCCUGCGGACAGCUCUCAAUGGGCUGAAGGCUCAGUAUGAAGGGAAUGGCCAUACGAUCGAAGAGGAUAUCACCAAUGUGUUUGCCAUAAAACCUCGCCUGCGAAAGAAAUAUAAGCGGCCAGAAAAGAGUAACGAUAGACUCUACAAGAGUAACAUCACGCAUCCCAUCGAUAAGGGGGCUGUCUGUUCAGUGUCCUGUGGUGGGGAUCAGUCUAACCUGAUGGUACGACCUGAAAGAACUGACGAAGAUGAUGAUCCGAUGAUUCAUUAUGGAAGGAUCGCAUCCGCAAAUCAACUGAUGAAGGAUGCCACAAUUCGCGAUAAACUCACAGCUGAACAUAAUAUCCUCUGUUUUGAAAUGGAGGCAUCAGGGCUGAUGAAUCAUUUUCCCUGUCUGGUUAUUCGAGGUAUUUGCGACUACUCAGAUUCACAUAAGAAUAAAGAUUGGCAGGGUUAUGCAGCAAUGGCGGCAGCUGCAUAUGCGAAGGAUCUACUACGUCGAAUUGCUCCAAGUAGAAUUGAGGCUGAGAAGAGAAUUACGGACAUUGUCUUUGAGGUGAAAGAAGGAGUUGAGGACGUCAAAAGACAAGUCCACAAACUUGUCUCUGGGCAACAUGCUCAGCAGGAUCAAAACAUCUUAAAAUGGCUUACGGAAACUGACUUCGGCGCUCAGCAGAACGACUUCAUCCGCCAACGGCAACCAGGAACUGGCCAAUGGUUUUUGGAGUCGGACGAGUUCCAAGCGUGGGUGAAAACAGAGAACCAGACCCUGUUUUGUCCCGGUAUUCCUGGAGCGGGCAAGACAAUCAUGUCAGCAAGCGUGAUUGACGAUCUCUAUUCGAGGUUUCAAGAUGACCAAACCAUUGGCAUUGCGUAUAUCUAUUUUAACCACCGACAACAUGAGAGCCAGAUUGCCGAUGACUUACUAGCGAGCCUUUUGAAGCAGCUAGCUCGGAGAAAGCCUUCACUACCUGAAAGCGUGAAAGCUAUUUACGACACAUGCCAGAAAAGCCAAACAAGACCAUCAUUUGAGAAGAUCUCAUUGACUCUCGAUUCUGUUGUUGCUAUGUAUUCGAGAGUCUUCAUUGUCAUUGACGCACUCGACGAAUGUCGGACAUCCGACAACACCCUCACAAGAUUCCUCAAACACAUUUUCAAACUUCGAGACGAAGCUCCAACAAAUAUAUUUGCUACUUCCAGACCCAGCACAGAGAUUUCAAGCUAUUUUAGCAAAGGGCUUUCUCGGACGAUCUCCGCGAUUGAUGAAGAUAUUACUAACUAUCUGAAUGCCAAAAUCUCCCUCCAAAAAUCCGAAACGAUCGACAAUGAGAUGCAAGAGAUGAUCGUCAAGGGAGUUCUUGAAGCUAGUGACGGAAUGUUUCUACUCGCGAGGCUGCACGCAGAUACCCUUAUGUCCAAAUUCACGAAGGGGCAUUUGAAACAAGCCUUACAGAAGCUCGGCAAGGGAAUGGCAGGAUUGGACAAAACCUACGAUCAGGCCAUGGGAAGAAUUGCAGAUCAAGAGCAUGAGGUCGCACGCUUCGCCAAGCAAAUUCUAGCAUGGAUUAUCCACUCAAAAAGACCCCUUGGUACACUGGAGCUCCGACAUGCUCUUGCUGUUCAGAAGGGCACAGCAGUCUUGGAUCCAGAUUUCCUUCCAGCUACUAAACUCCUGGUAUCUCUUUGUGCUGGACUAGUCAUCAUCAACGAAGAAAGCAGCGUCGUUCAGCUGGUCCACUACACCACCCAGGAGUACUUUGAACGAACCAAGAGCAAGUGGUUUCGGGACGCAGAGUUGGAAAUUACGACAACAUGCGUUACAUAUCUCUCAUUCAAUGCCUUCGAAAGCGGAGUUUGCGCCGACAUUGAGCAACGCCUGCAAUCACACCCACUCUACGACUACGCAGCUCAAAAUUGGGGUCACCAUGCUUACGGAGCUUGGAAAUUGAAUAAAACAUCUGCGAAGUCUUGCGAGGUCAAAGCAAAGUCUGAGGCGUUGAGCAGUCUGGUGGUGACCUUCCUGAAGAGCACAGCUAAGGUUGAGGCGUCGGGCCAAGCACUGUCCGCCUACGUCCCAGACCGAAAUGGAUUUUCCAGCAGUGAAAGAAACCCGAAGGGUAUGACAGGUAUCCAUUUGGCGACGUAUUUCAGACUGGAAGUUGAAGUAUCAUGUCUGUUAGGUGACGGCUGUAGCGCAGAUCUCAAAGAUUUCUCGGGAAGAACGCCGCUACUACUGGCUACAAGCGACGGAAAUGAAGCUAUAGUCAAGCUGCUCCUCGAUUCCGGUAGAGUCGACAUCGACAUCAAGGAUAGACUCGGUCAAACGCCACUAUUGAUAGCCGCAAGCAACGGGUACGAGACUGUAGUCAGGCUGCUCCUCGAUACCGACAGAGUCAACAUCGACGCAAGAAAUGAAC